AUGCCGUCUAAUAAGAAGGCUUCAGGGAAGACAGGAGGGAAGUCGCGCAGCAGCAGCAGCAGCAGCAGCAGCAGCAGCAGCAGCAAAGACACAACUUAUCAAGUUAGAGACAUUCGAGGCUAUCGCAUCGACAACAAAGUGGUGUGUAUACACUCUAGCAGCAGCAGCAGACGCAGCAGCAGCAGCAGCAGGAUCAACAGCAGCAACAACAGUAGCAACAACAGCAACAGCAGCAGCAGCAGCAGCAGCAGCAGCAGCAGUCAAUGUGUGCUUUCAUGCGUUUAUAGGAAAAGUUUUUUGUCUUAUGCUACAGCAAGAGAGGAAGCUGUCCUUGCUGCUCGUCUCCUAGCAGACUUGGCUGUGUCUCCGCCAAGCAGCAGCAGCAGCAGCAGCAACAGCAGCAGCAGCAACAGCAGCAGCAACAAGAGCAGCAGCAGCGCUGUGUCGCUUCAGGUAUCCUCUCCAACACCAUGCGUGGUGCCCGACGAACCGGAAGGUGACGCAUCAUUAUCAGCAGCAGCAACAGCAGCAGCAACAGCAGCAGCAGCAACAGGAGCAGCAGCAGAAGCUGUUACUUCUUUGCCUAAUCAAGACGGUCUAACAGCAGCAGCAGCUGCUAGCUGUCCAUCAAGUUUGACAGCAUUACCAGGCCCAUCAACAGCAGCAGCAGCAACAUCAGCAGCAGCAGCAGCAACAGCAGCAGCAGCACCAGCAGCAGGUUCACGUGAGGAGCUGCUGCAGCGUGUAGGAUUAAGCCGUAUAGCAACACGUAAUUUGCGGUGUCUGCUGCAGCACAUGCAGCAAACAGCAGCAGACCAUCGUGCAUUCUUUGAGUCUCCUGAGGAGACACUAGGUAUACCAGUAAAUCGUCAGCAGCAGUCUAAGCGUUCAAACAGCAGCAGCAGCAGCAGCAGCAGCAGCAGCAACAGUAGCAGCAGCAGCAGCAGCAGCAGUAGCACCUAUUUCUUACCAGAUAGCCACGAGGACUAUAGUAAAUGUCCCCUCUUAUCUACACACCUGUGGGGUCGAUUCCCUUCCUUUGUUGAUUGGGGAUCCGAUCCCCAUGGUCGUCUCCUCCUUAAGUUAGCAUACUUGCAUGUACAAGAGCAGCUGGAGGACUACCUAAGGGAGAUGGGAGAGCAGCGUCUUAACAAGCUAAAGAAAGCAGCAGCAGCAGCAGCAACAAAAGCAGCAGCGAACAAAGUAGAGAAGACGGAGGAGGCAGCGGCAGCCGCUGGUGUACUGCCAAAGCAGCAGCAGCAACAGCAGCACGAGGAGCAACAACGAGGGACAAAGCAGCAGUCGGACCAGGAGGAGCCGCAGAAGCUGGAGGACAAUAACCAACAGCAGCAGCAAGACCGGGAUCAGGACCGGCAGCAGCAGCAGCAGGAGAAGCAGGAGGCACAGCAGAGCUGCGGAGAUGUGGAGGAAGUGGCGGUGCUGUCAAAGGAUGAGGUCUGCGCAGCUGCUGCUCAUGAAUCAAGCAGCGGACCCCCGCAGCAGCAGCAACAGCAGCAGCAGCAGGAAGAAGACGAAGAAGAUGAUGUAGUAGUUGUAGAGGGGCCUGCAUGCAUGCACCAAAGUAAGCGGGUGCGUUUAUGUGAGGAAGCAAUGAACAGGACCCCAGCAGCAUCAACAAGAUCAGCAACAGCAGCAGCAGCAGCUGCUGCUGCUGCUGCAGCAGCGGCUGCAGCAGCAGCAGCAACAACAGCAGCAGCAGGUGGCCCAACUAACGAAGUAAUUAUACAAGAAGAUGAGGAUGUAGUAGAAAUAUCUGAUAGCGAGCUGCUGCUGUCUCCUUCUGUUAAGGUGUCUCUUAGGCAUGUGUGGCUACUAGCAGCAGAGGCUGCUGCUACGCAUGCAUUAGAGGUUAUUAGGCAUGCAGAGGAAACUGCAGCAGCAUUCGUUGCAGCAGAACAACAACAACAACAGCAGCAGCAACAGCAACAGCAGCAGCAGCAGGAGACGGAGGUCCGAGGGGAGUAA